CCCCGAUGGAUCAUGGCGUUGAUGUUUACAGGACAUGUCUUGUUUUUAGCAUUAGUGAUGUUUGCUUUCUCUACUUUUGAGGAAUCUGUGAGCAAUUACUCUGACUGGGCAGUUUUCGCAGAUGAUGUAGAUCAGUUUAAGACACAGAAAGUACAAGAUUUCAAGCCCAAUCAAAAGCUGAAGAAAAGUAUGCUUCAUCCAAGUUUGUAUUUCGGUGCUGGAGAAAUCCAGGCCAUGAGACAGAAGUCUCAUACAAGCCAUUUGCAUCUGUUUAGAGCUAUCAGAAGUGCAGUAACAGUUAUGCUGUCCAACCCCACAUACUACCUACCUCCACCCAAGCAUGCCGAUUUUGCUGCCAAGUGGAAUGAAAUUUAUGGUAACAAUCUGCCUCCUUUAGCAUUGUACUGUUUGUUGUGCCCAGAAGACAAAGUUGCCUUUGAGUUUGCCUUGGAAUACAUGGACAGGAUGGUUGGCUACAAAGACUGGCUAGUGGAGAAUGCACCAGGGGAUGAGGUGCCUGUCGGCCAUUCCUUAACGGGUUUUGCCACUGCCUUUGACUUUUUAUAUAACUUAUUGGAUGACCAUCGAAGACAAAAAUACCUGGAAAAAAUAGGGGCUGUUACCGAGGAGAUGUAUGAGUAUUCCAAGGUCCGUUCGUGGGGCAAACAACUUCUCCAUAAUCACCAAGCUACUAAUAUGAUAGCAUUACUCACCGGGGCUUUGGUGACCGGGGCAGAGAAAGGAUCUAAAGCAAACAUAUGGAAACAGGUCGUCGUAGAUGUGAUGGAAAAGACGAUGUUCCUUUUGAAUCAUAUUGUCGAUGGUUCUUUGGAUGAAGGUGUGGCCUAUGGAAGCUACACAGCCAAAUCAGUCAUGCAGUACGUUUUUCUAGCCCAGCGCCAUUUCAGUAUCAACAACUUGGAUAAUAACUGGUUGAAGAUGCACUUUUGGUUCUAUUAUGCCACCCUCUUACCAGGCUUCCAACGAACUGUGGGUAUUGCAGAUUCCAAUUAUAAUUGGUUUUAUGGUCCAGAGAGCCAGUUAGUUUUUUUAGAUAAGUUUAUCUUAAAGAAUGGAGCUGGAAAUUGGUUAGCUCAGCAAAUUAGAAGGCACCGACCUAAAGAUGGACCAAUGGUCCCCUCCACUGCCCAGAGGUGGAGUACUCUUCACACCGAAUACAUCUGGUACGAUCCCCAGCUCACCCCACAGCCUCCUGCUGAGUAUGGUACUGCGAAAAUGCACACGUUCCCUAACUGGGGUGUUGUCACUUAUGGGGCUGGCUUGCCAAACACACAGGCCAAUACCUUUGUGUCCUUUAAGUCCGGGAAGCUGGGGGGCCGAGCCGUGUACGACAUAGUUCACUUUCAGCCAUACUCCUGGAUUGACGGGUGGAGAAGCUUUAACCCGGGGCAUGAACAUCCAGAUCAGAACUCAUUCACUUUUGCCCCAAAUGGACAAGUGUUUGUUUCGGAAGCUCUCUACGGACCCAAGCUGAGCCACCUCAACAAUGUGCUGGUAUUUGCUCCAUCACCUACGAGCCAGUGUAACCAGCCCUGGGAGGGUCAGCUGGGAGAGUGUGGCCAGUGGCUCAGGUGGACCGGUGAGGAGGUUGGUGACGCAGCGGGGGAAAUCAUUACUGCCUCUCAACAUGGAGAAAUGCUAUUUGUGAGUGGGGAAGCAGUGUCUGCUUACUCUUCAGCAAUGAAGCUGAAGAGCGUGUAUCGUGCUCUGCUUCUCUUAAAUUCUCAAACGUUGCUCGUCGUUGAUCACGUUGAGAGGCAGGACGGUUCCCCAAUAAAAUCUGUCAGUGCCUUCUUUCAUAAUCUGGACAUUGAUUUUAAGUACAUCCCCUAUAGGUUUAUGAACAGGUAUAAUGGCGCCAUGAUGGAUGUAUGGGAUGCACACUACAGAAUGUUCUGGUUUGAUCAUCAUGGCAAUAGUCCCAUUGCUAGUAUACAAGAAGCAGAGCAAGCUGCUGAAUUUAAGAAACGGUGGACUCAAUUUGUUAAUGUUACGUUUCAGAUGGAAUCCACAAUCACAAGAAUCGCAUAUGUCUUUUAUGGGCCAUAUGUCAAUGUUUCCAGCUGCAGAUUUGUUGAUAAUUCCAAUUCUGGACUUCAGAUCUCUCUCAACGUCAAUAAUACCGAACAUGUUGUGUCCAUUGUAACCGACUACCACAACCUGAAGACAAGAUUUGAUUACCUGGGUUUUGGUGGCUUUGCCAAUGUGGCUGAUCAGGGCCAAAUAACCCGAUUUGGUUUGGGCACCCAAGCGAUAGCAAAGCCCAUAAAACAAGAUAGGGUUAUUUUCCCCUUUGGAUUUAAAUUUAACAUAGCAGUUGGGUUGAUUUUGUGCAUUAGCUUGGUGAUUUUAACCUUUCAGUGGCGGUUUUACCUUUCUUUUAGAAAGCUAAUGCGGUGGAUCCUAGUCCUUGUUGUUGCCUUGUGGUUUAUUGAGCUGCUGGAUGUGUGGAGCACCUGCACGCAGCCCAUCUGUGCAAAAUGGGCAAGGACGGAGGCCGAGGCCAGCCCGAAGCCUGUGUCUUCAGAAGGGCCCCACACUGACCUUCCCAGUGUUGUCGUUACCUCACUUCCUGGUUCAGGAGCUGAAAUCCUCAAACAACUUUUUUUCAACAGUAGUGAUUUUCUCUACAUCAGAGUUCCUACAACCUACAUUGAUAUUCCUGAAACUGAAUUUGAAAUCGACUCGUUUGUAGAUGCCUGUGAAUGGAAGGCAUCAGAUAUCCACAGUGUGCAUUUCCGUUUACUCCGCGGCUGGUUGCAGUCCUUAGUUCAAGACACAAAACUGCAUUUGCAAAACAUCCAUCUGCAUGAACCCAGUCGGGGUAAACUGGCCCCAUACUUCACAGCAAAUAAGGACAAAAAAAGAAAACUGAAAAGGAGGGAGUCUCUGCCCGAACAAAGAAGUAGAAUGAAAGGCACCUUUGAUAGAGAUGCUGAAUAUAUUAGGGCUUUAAGGAGACACCUGGUCUAUUACCCAAGUGCACGUCCUGUGCUCAGCUUAAGCAGCGGGAGCUGGACCUUAAAGCUCCAUUUUUUUCAAGAAGUCUUAGGAGCUUCUAUGAGGGCAUUGUACAUAGUGAGGGACCCUCGGGCAUGGAUCUAUUCAAUGUUGUACAGUAGCAAACCCAGUCUCUACUCUUUGAAGAAUGUACCAGAGCACUUAGCUAAACUGUUUAAGAUAGAGAGAGGUAAAGGCAAAUGUAACUUGAAUUCAGGCUACGCUCUCGAAUACGAAUCAUUGAGGAAAGAAUUAUCAAAAUCCCAGUCAAAUGCAGUCUCCCUGUUGUCUCAUUUGUGGCUCGCAAACACAGCAGCAGCGCUGAGAAUAAAUACGGAUUUGCUGCCCGCCAGCUACCAGCUGAUCAAGUUUGAAGAUAUUGUACAUUUUCCUCAGAAAACCACAGAAAGGAUUUUUGCCUUUCUUGGAAUACCUUUGUCUCCUGCUAGUUUAAACCAAAUAUUGUUCGCCACCUCCACAAACCUUUUCUAUCUUCCCUAUGAAGGGGAAAUAUCACCAACUAACACCAAUGUUUGGAAACAAAACUUGCCUAGAGAUGAAAUUAGACUGAUUGAGAACAUCUGCUGGACACUGAUGGAGCGUCUAGGAUAUCCAAAGUUUACGGACUGA